AUGGGGUUCAGUUCUAUUGUGUAUGCGAGCGAGUAUACAAGUAUGCAAGUAUGCCAGACCGGCAUUAAACAGCUUAAACAACUUCAACAUGCAGGUAAAGGCCUCUUGACCAAGGGACUUGGCGGGGGAGCUGUCGGAGUCAAAAGUUUAGUGAGGGAGGAGAGCAUAAAAAGGAAAAAGAAACUAGCUCUUUUUCGGAGGAGUCAAUUGGAUGCAGAAUGCGAGGACGGGAGCGGGCGGACUUUGGAAUGCGCAUCAGAGAAGAUGGGACGGAGAUAUAAAUCAAAGGACCCGUCCAUCCAGGGAAGGUCCUCGUCGUCAAAGCAACCUGCAUCCCACUGUCCGCAAGGUACUGUGCAUGUACUGCACAUACAUGUAGCUGUAGCUGUGGGUAUCUCAGGGUAUCUCAGGGUAUCCGGGUAUCAAGUUAGGUAG